UCCCUAACUAAGCGUCUAGUGGAACAUUUGCGCCGUUUCUGCGGUUUGGGCCUUCGUUGAACCUGCUGCACUGUCGUUCGCGUGUUUUUGAACUUUUCAAAAUACCUGUUUCUGAAACAUUUAACUCGGAAAGGAGCUCGGGCGCAUCUUGAAGUUACUUUAAAAUAACGUUUCUGUCGACACAUUCGCAACAAUGGAUGAUCAAAUAAGCUCCACGACACCUUCAUAUGACGUUCAUCACGAUGAUGAAGGAGAAUUUCGAGCAGAAAAACAGGCGAACUCUCUGAUGGACGAAGAUUUCUCGAGUCGGGAGGCACAGGCUAAUGUUCCCGAGGUGGAGGGUAUUUUAGAUCUGGCCGGGGGAGCGAAAGAUGCGCUGGAGAGACACAGGUCCACAAUGCCACGUAAAGAAGAGCCGCUGCUGGACUUUGGAGAACCAGAACCAUCAUCCACCAUUAAACCAGAGCCAGAAGCUCCAAAACCAGCGCCGAUCAGCUCGUUUGGAGACGCAUCCCCAAAACAGGCAAAACCCGAAGCAAAAGAAGAGAAGCCAACAGUAGCACCAUGUAAAUUUAACUCUUCGUGUUCAUUGGUGGAGCUGCUGUAUUGGCGAGAUCUGCAGAGGACGGGGGUGGUGUUUGGAGCUGGUCUGUUCCUGCUGCUGUCCCUCAGCAUGUGCAGCAUCAUCAGCGUCCUCUCCUACGUAGCCCUGGCCCUGCUGUCCGUCACCGUCUCCUUCAGGAUAUACAAAGGCAUUUUACAAGCUGUUCAGAAGUCAGAGGACGGGCACCCUUUCAAGAUGUACCUGGAUAAGGAUACCGCACUCCCGGCGGAGAUGGUUCACAAGUACAGCGACUCUACUUUGGUGCACAUCAACACUGUUAUUAAAGAGCUGCGACGACUCUUCCUGGUGGAGGAUCUAGUGGACUCGCUCAAGUUUGCUGUUUUAAUGUGGAUCCUGACAUAUGUUGGUGCCUUGUUCAAUGGUCUCACUCUUAUUAUUUUGGGUUUCAUUGGUGCUUUCAGUUGCCCGGUGAUCUAUGAAAAGCAUCAGGCACAAAUUGACCAUUAUUACGGACUGGUGAACAAGCAAUUCAAAGAUGUUGUUGGAAAGAUCCAGGCCAAGAUUCCCGGAGCGAAGCCAAAGACUGAAUGAAGCAAGUUGGAUUGUGUGUUAUUUCUGUGCACGAGACGUGAUGGUGGAACAAGAGAAGAUGGACAGAUUCGUGUUUGGUUUGGAAAAAAGGCCUUAGACGAUGCAAUGUAAACUUUACCCCCCACCCCUUCCCCCUCCCCCAACGUUAGCAUAACUGAGUAUGAAACUUUUUUUAAACCUCUAUCAGUUUCUCACACAAAAGCAGACUCGUCUUUCACACUAGAUCUAGACCUCCACGUUUAAAGCAGCUAUUUAACACCAUUACAGAAUGUAGUCCGAGGAACUGAAGUCCACGAAAGCAGGAAUGAAUGAGGUUAUUUGGUUUUUUGUUUGUUUACUAUUGGGUCAGUGAAGCGUUGUCUUGUUUGAAGGCCAUUUUGAUUCAUUUCAGUAUGAUUAAAGGGAGUGAAUUGUUUUUGGUUGCGAAGUUCCUUCUCAACAAGUCUUUUUGUUUUUAGCUAUUUUUCCCUUUUUCGUUUGUACUUGGAGUGAUAGAACACAGCGGUGUUGUGGUGUAACUGUGUUAAAAUUGAUGCAAUUAAAUUGUGUUAGAGGUGAAGAGGCUUCUAGUCUUCUGUAGCAGAGUUUAAGAGCAGUUUUUAUUUCACACUCGUCUUCAAAGGGAUCUGUUAUGGCGUAUUGCACCCACUGUUUUUAGCCGUUAGUGAAAAACAACUAAAAAUAAGUAAUCUAUAAAGUAUGCUGUGUUGGCCUGUCACCUUCCUGUCGUGUCAAAACCGACAACAUGUUUGCAGAAAUGGCCGUCUCCAUCGUGGAUCGAAUACCUGAAACGGCGCACGCUCUUAAAUAAAUAAAAAAAAAAAAAAGUCGCAAACUUCAAGCACUGUUUCUUCAUGCAGGUCAUUUGUAAAUGAUUAUUCAGUUUUGAUGAAAGUAUGCUGAGGACUGUCUGUGAAUGCAUUGUGAAAAAUAAGCCAAUAAAGUACCAAUAAAGCUUGUUAGACAUACUAUUAGAUUUUGUGCUUGAUUUGCUGGUUUGUGAUGGUAAUUUUUGGAUUUUGGCGCCAUCUGGCGGUCCUGCAUGGAACUUCAUCUGAUUUGUUAACUUUAAAUGUCAGAUGUACAGUGCUCAGCAUGAGUAAAUCCCAUUUUAAAUAAUAAACAUUUUUAUUCAUUUCUCAGUGAAUAUAGGUCAUAUAUUUUAGUGUGUUUGAACAAAAUAGAUUUAUAAAAAGGUUAUAUAUUUAUUAAAAUAAUAUUUUAGUCUCAGAACAUCUUUAGAAAUAGAUAGGUAAUACAUUUAAAUACAUGGGAAAUAUUGGAAAAUAAAAUUACAAACUACAAAAUGUCAACAAUUUUCCCAGAGAUGGGUUGCAGCUUGAAGGGCAUCUGCUGCGUAAAACAUGCAGGAUAAGUUGGCGAUUCAUUCCGCUGUGGUGAUCCCUGAUUAAUAAAUGGACUAAGCUAAAAAGAAAAUGAAUGAAGGAAAAUGUCAACAAUUUUAUAAUUGAUUUUUUUGUUUCUCUUGAAUUUUUCUUUUUUUUUUUUUUUUUUUCUUCUUUUUUAUAAAUUUUUUAAAAGAUAUAUUUUCCAAUUUUGGACCGUUAUCAUAAGUUAUUUUGUUAAAUUAGCUCCAGAUUUGGUUUCAGUAGUGACUAAACUAAUAUAUAUGCACAAAUGUAAUGUAAAGCUUCCUAUUGAACAUUAAUUUAAAUGAGACAUUUGUGAGGGGUGUACUCCUGUAUGUUGAGCACUGUAUGCCUGACAUUUAUGAAAUACUGAAUGUGUUUUAAAUCUUAAACAUGCUGAAGAAAAGAACAGUAUAAGGUAUGAAAUUUUCAGUUUAAACUGUUCAUUCAUUGGCACAAAAGCUUCUGUUAUUGUGUUUUGGCUUGCAUGAAGAGUAAAUUGUUACUUGAUCCUUAUCCUUGAAUUAAAAUCCGGUGGUUUUGUAUCCUUAUAAUUGAGUGGAACAGUCAGAUAAAUUUGGUGCUUUGUCAAAAUCUUAUUAAUUAGCUUACUUUUCUCUCUACAACAUGUUAAUUGAGCUUUUACCUGGAGAUAAUGCUGGAGCUUCACAAGGUUGAACUACAAUCAUAUUAAAAGUAUUUCAAAUUA